AGAAAAUGAUCUUCUAUUGGUGGAUCAUGGAUGGAGAGAUUCUUUCUCCUAUUCUCCUGCUAUUUAUCUUACUCUCGCUUUCACUCUUCCUACACUCACUGCUUCUCACCACCUAUCCCUGCUUCAGCUUUUGAUCUUUACUGUGUAUGAUGGAAACUGGCUGGGAGAUAGAUUUUGGUAUGGGAAAAGGAAUGGAAAUGACGGCGUCGCCGGCGACGUUCGCCGGAGCAAGUCCGGCUUAUAUGUACAGUAUGCCUAAUGCAGAAUCACUUAGAGUCGACGAACUCCUGGACUUCACCAACCAUGACCUCUUCCCUUCUUCUUCCUCUUCCUCCUCCUCCGUCCCAACCGACGAAGCCGCCCUCCACCUCCCCGCUGGCCAGGAGUUCUCCUCCUCUGCCUCCGUCGCUGCCACCGUUGGCUUCGAUGCCUCCUUGCCGGACGACAUCUGCAUUCCUAGCGAGGAGGCGGCGGAGCUCGAAUGGCUCUCCAAAUUCAUGGAGGAUUCCUUCUCCGAUACCCCUUACCAUUACUCCCUCCCCGAUAUGACAAUGUCGGAAAACAGUAAUUACCCAUCUUCAGAGAUCUCUACUCACGCCCUUGCUUCCGGGAUCAAUAGAUCUCCUGAGAUCUCCACCUCCUCUUCAUCAUCAUCGUCUUCUUCUUCAUCCGACUUCCCAAAGGCCAAAACGAAUGUAAUCAACAAGAAAAAGCAAGGGAAUAACGAGAGCGGCGCACGGCGUUGCACGCACUGCUCGUCGGAGAAAACUCCGCAGUGGCGGACUGGACCGCUCGGGCCGAAGACUCUCUGCAAUGCCUGCGGCGUUCGGUUCAAGUCCGGUCGACUCGUGCCGGAGUACAGGCCGGCGGCGAGUCCCACUUUUGUUCUAACGCAGCACUCCAAUUCGCAUCGAAAGGUCAUGGAACUUCGACGACAAAAAGAAUUCCUCAUACUCCGAGGCAGCGGUGGCGGCGGUGGAGACGGCGGCUCCUCGGGUUUUUCGACGGAGAUGAGUUUCCAGGACUAUGAGGUCUGUUGAAGCGCCGUUGACGGCGAUUAAACGACGCUUGUUGCCGUUUGUUUUCUGUUGAAUUGAUUGCUAUGGUGGAUCCUUAUCGGACGGCUGGAAUUUAUUUCUAUAAAUUAUUGGUUGCUGCUCUGAUUGUCCCUUCAGUUUUGGGUGUAGGGCGUCAUCACGUGAUAUGCGUGGUGGUCCAAUGAAGAUGAGCCACGUGAUUGUCACGUGCUUGGACCAGCGAAUAAGAGUAAUCGAGAAAUUUAGGCGACUAUUAUUUAAUGUUUAAAAUUAAAAGUAAUAAUAAAAAUGA